AUGGUCACACUUUCACAAGUCCAUUUAUCCAACGACACCAUCGCAGCAUCACUACCCAAUCUGGUUGCUGUCUUUGUCGGCGCAACAAGCGGCAUUGGUGAAGCUGCCUUGAAGGAAUUUGUCAGAAAAUCAAAGAACUCAAAAUGUUAUCUUGUUGGAAGAUCAGAGCAAGCUGCAACUCGCAUCAUCGAAGAGUGUAAAUCAUUAAACCCCGAUGUUUGUAUCGUUUUCAUUCAGGAAGAUGUCAGUCUAGUUAGCGGGGCUGAUAGGUUAUGUGAAAAAAUCAAGAGCUUGGAAGAUACCGUCAACGUCCUCUUUUUAUCAGCUGGGGCUGCUAUAUUUGACCGUAGAAAAACAUCCGAAGGACUACAUGCCCUCACGGCACUAGCCUUCUAUACACGCCUGCGCAUUACCCAACUCCUCCUCCCCCUUCUCAACCGCUCCCGCUCUACAGGUCAUCUCUCUCGGGUGAUAAACAUCGCCGGCGGAACCAAAGAAGGGACUCUCUACCCCUCCGAUAUGCAAGCCCUGACCACACCUCUGUAUGCAAUCCGCGGCCAUCUAACCACUCUGAUCACUCUCGGCCAUGAAGCCCUCUCUGCCAGAGCACCAGGCGUGAGUUUCUUACAGAUAUCCCCUGGUGCAGUACAGACGGCUCUUUUUGACCACGUGCCAGGUCCAGUGGGGCUUGUGAUGCGGUGCUUUAUUGCAUUGGCUGGGAGAUGGAUUCUGGUACCGGUUCAGGAGAGUGGGGAGAGGAAUGUUUUUCACGCGACUAGUGGUGCAUUUCCCGGUCGAGAUGAUGGGGGCGAGAGGGAUGGGAUUGAGUUGGCGGAGGGUUUGAGUGUUGCUAAGGGUGUGGAUGGGAAGCCUGGGAGUGGGGUGUAUUCGCUCGAUUAUGAUGGAACAGAGGCUGGACAGGAUGUUGUAGAUCUGCUGGAAGGGUAUCGGAAGGAAGGGAUGAUCGAGAGGGUGUGGGAUCAUGCACAAGCUGAGUUUGAGAGGAUAACAGCUGAGCAAGACAUAUAGUACUGCUGCUCGGGGGGAGGGGGGAGUGAGACCGGAAAAGGCACCCACUUCGUCCAAUUUUUUUUGGGUUCUCGGUGGCACCGCGGCCCCGCAAAGCUUCAUCUAAAAUCAAUAGUGGUUGAUAACUGUACAAUACCAGUGG